GAGGAAUAGGUUCAGUUGACCGCGAUCCUUCGCGAGUGCGGAUGUGCUCAGGGUUGCGCGCGAAUUUUCUUACGACUUCCUGAAAACUUUUCGUUGACGUAAUUCCGCAGUAGUCUUUUGUGUUAAGCAUUGUGGUUUGUUAUUACAUAAAUUGCUCAAUUAUUUAUUGUUGGUAUACCCAAUGCUUGAGGUGGGAGCGUGACCAUCAAUUCCACUAUGAGCCAAUGGUUGCUCAUCUUAACCAUCGUUUUCGCCAAUGUCAGAGAUAUAUCAGGUAGCUGGGAAGAAUGGUGGACUUACGAUGGCAUUUCAGGACCCGGUUUCUGGGGUCUAAUCAACCCCCAAUGGAACAUGUGCAAUAAGGGCAGACGACAGAGCCCUAUCAAUAUAGAGCCAGAUAAACUACUCUUUGACCCGUGGUUACGUGAUGUGCAGUUUGAUAAACAUAAAGUUAGCGGAGUGCUCCAAAACACGGGGCAGUCCCUAGUUUUCCGGGUGGAAAAGGACUCCAAACACCAAGUGAACAUCAGUGGAGGCCCCCUAUCCUACAGGUACCAGUUCGAAGAGAUAUAUUUCCACUAUGGAUUGGAAGAUAACAGAGGGUCUGAACAUCAGAUCGACCAUCACACUUUUCCUGGAGAGAUCCAAUUAUACGGCUUUAACAAAGAACUGUAUCACAAUAUGUCGGAAGCCCAGCAUAAAUCGCAAGGCGUCGUGGGGAUCUCUUUAAUGGUUCAGAUUGGAGAACCGAUUAACAAGGACCUGAGACUCAUAACGAGUGCUUUCAACAAAGUUAUGUUUCGAGGCAGUUCAUACCCCAUCAAGCAUCUACCUUUAAGCUCUCUACUGCCCAGCACGCAGCAAUACCUCACGUAUGAAGGCUCCACCACACACCCUGGCUGUUGGGAAACCGCUGUGUGGAUUAUAUUCAAUAAACCCAUUUAUAUUUCUAAACAAGAGAUGUACGCAAUCCGUCGCCUCAUGCAAGGAUCUCAAUUGACCCCGAAAGCUCCGCUCGGGAACAAUGCGCGGCCGGUACAACCGCUGCACCAUCGCACUGUUAGAACUAACAUCAACUUCAAUAAGCAGGGGAUGCCGGCAUCAAGCAACUGUCCAGAUAUGUACCGCAACAUGCAUUAUACAGCUACUCAAUGGCCUCGAGAACACAGCAUGCGUUACCGGAGCACAGAAGAUUUAGCCAUGUUAUCGCCCAAUUAAAACUAUUAUUAUUAUAUUAUAUUAUUAAUACUUAUUAAAUAAUUUAACCAACCUAUAAAAUCCAUAGUGACUCAAACAAUAAAUACCAUUGAUUUCGCUUUUCUUUAACAUUAUAAAAUACGUAGAAAGACAAUUAUUCUGUAGAGAACAUUAUAUUAUUAUUAUUAUUUGUUUCAUGAAGUCAAUUGAGUAGACAAUAUAUGCAAUACAUUAAAUGUAUAGCUUGGUUUGGAAGUUUCUAGAUUUUAGUCAUGUGUUAUUUAGAUGUAAAUAGUUACUGUACAUAAUAUACAUACGUACAUCUUAAUUCGUCCACAAAUAAAAUGGAGAAGCUUUAAUAAGCAUUGUUAAAUUCAUUUUCAAUUAAUAAAGUUUAUUUUGAACGCAUGUCUUUCUUCUACUAAUUAUGUAUAAAAAAUGUAUACAAAGGCUUUUGAAUAGAACAUAUAAAUAUAAAUAAAAUAAGUUAUUGUUUAAUAAUUAUUGUAUAAACUUCGUAAUAUUUAUGCAAAUAUUGGUUUAUAACUGAACAAAUGGCGUACAGUUAGCAGCGAAAUACUUGAAUUAAUAUUGAAGCUUUUUCUUUUAAAUGCAUUUUGGUGCUGACUGUACUUUUUAGUAUUGUGGUAGACUAUAGAUGCUGUGUUGUCUCUGUGUAAAAUAAAUAUUUACGACAAA